GAACUUUGUGAGAAUUUCAGUGUACUGAAAAACUGUCCAUGUUCCAACUGGUGUAUAUCCAAAGGUCUCAGUAUAAUACCAGGACCAAAACAUUCUGUGUCAGUCAGCCAGCCAACUAUACGCUUACUGACUCCUGAAAUCUCAUGGACUUCUAAAUUUUAUGUUUGCCCAGGAAGUACCAUGGCCUGUCCUGCUGUUUUGAUUCCUGGGUUGUUGCGAGGCUCUGUUGGAGCCAUCUGUGCUCAGGCCCCUUUAUUAAGAUUGACACCCAGCACUUUGCGCCAUCUUACUCUAACCAGUGUAAUGAAAUCCAUAAGGAAAACCGAUCACUUGGAGAGAACUGCAAGUGUCAUUCGCCGUGAGAUUGUGUCAGCAGCUAAGGUGUGCGCGGCUGCCAAUGAGUCACCGUCAGUGAAGAGCCUCCACUUGCUUGUGGCUGAUCAAGACUUUUCUUUUAAAGCUGGCCAGUGGGUUGAUUUCUUUAUCCCAGGAGUCUCUGUGGUUGGCGGAUUUUCAAUAUGCUCCAGCCCAAGACUGCUAGAACAAGAGAGAAUGAUAGAAUUGGCAGUGAAAUAUGCAAAUCACCCUCCUGCCCUCUGGAUUCACAAUAAGUGUACACUUGACUCUGAAGUGGCUGUGAGAGUGGGUGGAGAAUUCUUCUUUGACCCUCAGCCUGCAGAUCCCUCUAGAAACCUCGUGUUGAUUGCAGGAGGAGUUGGAAUUAACCCCCUGCUUUCCAUCCUGCGGCACUCAGCAGAUCUCCACAGACAGUGGGCAAACAAAGGAAGUGGAUAUAAGAUAGGAACAAUAAAAUUAUUCUACAGUGCAAAAAAUACCAGUGAACUCCUGUUUAAGAAAAAUAUCCUCGAUUUAGUAAAUGAAUUUCCUGAGAAGAUUGCAUGCAGUUUGCAUGUUACAAAACAGACUACACCAGUCAGUGCAGAACUGAAGCCAUAUAUCACGGAAGGAAGAAUAACAGAGAAGGAGAUAAGAGAUCAUAUUUCAAAAGAGACUUUGUUCUACAUCUGUGGCCCACCUCCAAUGACGGACUUUUUCUCCAAGCAACUGGAAAAUAGCCGUGUUCCCGAAGAACAUAUUUGCUUUGAGAAGUGGUGGUAGAAGCAGGCAAAGGCGGAAAAGAGAAGGAGGUGGUGAGAUCUGCUCAGGAUAGUAAGAGAGAGAUGUCAUGGUGGCAAGAUGAAUUGAUCUCUACUUAGUUGUCUUGUUUUUUAAGGCUGUGAACUAAGCGACCAGCUGGAGAAUCAAAGAAAAGCCAGCCAACAGACUUAAAUGGUAAACUUUUUUCAAGAACCUCAUUGAUCAAACUAUAUUUUACUAUAUUGAUUUUCUUUAUUAAUAACUAUUUAAUUAUCUCAUCAUGUCCUAUGAAUUAGUUAAUAUAGAUUUUUUUUGCCCUUAGGCAAUAGAACGAUAUAUACUUAACAUUAAAUCAUAGGAAAAUGUGGUUUUGUGUGUGAAGUGUGGGCUAGCUUUAAAUUCUUUGACAGCCAUCUAUGUAUCUUAUGUUUGAUAAACUUAUAAUUUAAAUACAUUCUUAAUUUUACUUUGAAAAUUCUUCAUAUUUAAUGCCUUUGUUUACUUUACCAUGGCCUGUAGCCUUAUUUGGAUCAUCAGAGUUGAGUUUGCAAAUGGAAAAUUGUUAGGAAAACUGCUUUAGGGUGUUGAAUACCUCACAUAUUUGCUUUUUUGUUAAUGAAUAUCCUAAGUAUGUAUCCUAAUUGUUAGUUUCUUCUCAAAUAAAAUGCCUUCUAUGUCUUGGCUGCCUGCCUUAA